AUCCCUCAUCCCAACGACGACGACCCCGAUGCGCUCGACGCAGACCAUCUCAGCAUUACCAUGUCGAAAGCCGUCGUCGAGAGCAAUGCGCCACCACCGCUCGCCGAGUUUCUCAAUACAUUACCGUCGCCAUUGGUCACCGCCCUCGUAGGACUUGCCCCACACAUCGCGCGAAUAAGACGCGUUGCGCAGGUCUUCAGCUGGAAGACGACAUGGGAGGACAGCUGGAUUGCACUGGGAGCACUAUGGGCCAUAUGCCUGUUCGCGGAAGUGGGAGUGAGGUACAUGCUACCUCUGCUCGUUACCUCCUUGGUAGUGUACACAGGUUGGAGACAGAAAGUCAAUACUGCCCCGCAACUCGCUACCGAAGAUAGCCUGCAGCAGACUAUCUCGGACCUCACGACGAUUCACGCCCUGCUGCCCACCGUCUCUCUGCCGACCACUCUACCCCCGACGAAAGUACUCCUACGCGUCCUUGCCAUCUCUUAUGUACCAUACCUCAUUAUCACCUUCUUCAUUCCCCUUCGGGUUCUUCUCGCGCUCGCGGGGACCCUCCUCCUAAGCUGGCGCGCCCGUUGGGUUGGGCUCAUACGGCGCGGCCUCUGGCGCAGCGCACACGUCCGCUGGGCGAUCUACCGCAUCUGGGCCCUUCUCUCUGGUCAACCUCUGUCCCCCAGCCUCGCGUCACUCCGAACAUCUACAUCCGUCUCCACUACCGCUGCAGAACCACCCGCCGAGCAACCCGCCCAAGCGAUCCGCUUCCUCUUCACAGUGUGCGAGAACCAGCGGUGGUGGAUGGGCCUCGACUGGACGGCCGCGCUCCUCCCAGGCGAGCGCCCCUCAUGGUGCUCCGCGUCCCUGCAGCCUGUCCAGCCACCCGCCGUUUUCGCGCUCCCAGCGCCGACCACGGUGUACAUGCGCAACGCCGACGGCACGCGCGUGAAGCGCACGGCGCGCUGGCGCUGGGCCGAACCGGAGUGGCGGGUGGUAGUGCACAAGGAGGGUGAGGCCUCUGCGCGCGUCGAGCGGCCGCUCCCGAAGGAAGAGCCGCAGAGCACGACGGCCAGCAGCGCGGCGAGGAUGUUGAGGGCUGCUGGGAAGAUGCGCGAGGGGAGUGUUGGGGGAAGUCCGGAGCGCCCGAAGGUUAAGGAGAAGGAGGGAGAUGAGGGCGAGCACCAGGGUGGGACUGAGGACGAAGACGAGGAGGAGGAAGUCUUCACCGACCCGGAUGGGUGGGUGUACGCGGAUAACAAGUGGGAAGGUCCAAGUGCGAAGGGCGGGAUGGGCAAGUACACCCGUUACCGACGGUGGACACGCAUCGCGAUCCUUAUCGAGACGGUGGAUCCCGCAGAGCCAGGAGAGACCGGUAUCCAGCGGGAUGACGACGGCGAGUACACGUCCAAUGCACCCUCAGUCGGACUAUCACCAGUAAACGUCACCAGUGCGACUACGUCUUGAGUUGACGGCGCCGACGGGCGUUGUUACUGGAGUGGCAUUCAUCAUCAUGACUGUAUCAACUUAUCUGUUCAAUCUCGUGUACGUCUACUUACGCAUUCUUGUAAUAGCCUUGUUUUGGGACUUGUAUCCCUGAUGUGCAAUAGCCCUGUCUUCGAUAUCUCAAUGGAUACGUACCCCUUGCCAGUUGCUACAAACUGCGACGUUAACCAGC